GUGUUGCUCCCUGACUCCAGUAAAUUGCAGUGUUAGACUCAGAUGUGCGAAGAUUGACAGUUUAUAGCUGAAUCUACAGAGAACAGAAUCCACGAACUGUAGCACUUUACUAACCAUUUUUCUUAAUAAAAAAAACUUUACUGGUUGACAGCAUCAUGCCCCUGACCCGUUCUUUAUCCAUGUCAUCUCUGAGCGGUCUGCCGCUUUGGGAAGAAGAAGAAUUGCCUGUAGAGAACCUGCUGCUGUUUGAGGUGGCCUGGGAGGUCACUAAUAAAGUGGGUGGGAUCUACACAGUGAUCCAGACCAAGGCCAAGAUAACAGUGGAUGAAUGGGGGGAGAAUCUCUUCAUGAUGGGGCCGUACUAUGAACACAACAUCAACACCCAGGUGGAGAAGUGUGAGCCCUCCAACCCUGCUAUCAAGAAAGCCAUGGGAGCCCUCACUGAAAAUGGCUGCCCGGUAUAUUUUGGCCGGUGGUUGAUCGAGGGCAGUCCGUAUGUGAUCCUGUUUGACACCAAGGCCGCAGCCUGGAACGUGGACCGAUGGAAGGGGGAUCUGUGGGACACCUGUGGCAUUGGCCUUCCCUUCCAUGACAUAGAGGCUAAUGACUCACUCAUCUUUGGAUCCAUGGUCGCUUGGUUCUUCAAAGAGUUAACAGAUCAACUUGGAGAUUCGCCCAAUGUCCUCGCUCAUUUCCAUGAGUGGCAGGCAGGGGCAGGACUUAUUCUCUGUCGCUCACGCAAGAUUCCCAUAGCAAGCAUCUUCACAACACAUGCCACGCUGUUGGGACGAUACCUCUGUGCCGGCAAUGUGGACUUCUAUAACAACCUGGACAAGUUUAAUAUAGACCAGGAAGCGGGUGAGAGGCAGAUCUACCAUCGCUAUUGUCUGGAGAGAGCUGCAGCCCAUUGUGCCCAUGUCUUUACCACCGUGUCCCAGAUCACUGCUGUGGAGGCCACUCACAUGCUGCACAGGAAACCAGAUGUGGUGACUCCAAAUGGAUUGAAUAUUAGGAAGUUCUCAGCCAUGCAUGAGUUCCAGAACCUUCAUUCGACUAACAAGGGUCGGAUCCAGGAAUUCAUCAGAGGACACUUCUAUGGCCAUCUUGAUUUCAAUCUUCAGAAAACGCUCUUCUUCUUCAUUGCUGGACGAUAUGAAUUCUCCAACAAGGGAGCGGACAUCUUCCUGGAGUCACUGUCCAGACUCAACUACCUGCUGAGGGUGCAUAAGAGUGACGUCACAGUCGUGGUAUUCUUUAUUAUGCCAGCAAAGACCAACAACUACAACAUAGAGACUCUGAAGGGACAAGCGGUGCGAAAACAGCUGUGGGACACUGCUCACACUGUGAAAGAGAAGUUUGGCACCAGGCUUUAUGAGGCUUUGCUAAAAGGAGAUCUCCCUGAUAUGAACACUAUUCUGGACAGAGACGAUUUCACCAUAAUGAAGAGAGCCAUCUAUGCCACACAGAGACACAGCCUUCCUCCAGUGACCACUCACAACAUGCUGGACGAUGCCUCUGACCCCAUCUUGGCCAACAUCAGACGUAUCGGCCUCUUCAAUGCCCGUGUGGACCGGGUAAAGAUAGUGUUCCACCCAGAGUUCCUGUCCUCCGCCAGUCCCCUGCUACCCAUGGACUAUGAGGAGUUUGUACGAGGCUGCCACCUGGGUGUCUUCCCUUCUUACUAUGAGCCCUGGGGAUACACACCAGGUGAGUGUACUGUAAUGGGCAUCCCCAGUGUCACCACCAACCUGUCUGGGUUUGGCUGCUUCAUGGAGGAACAUGUGUCCGACCCCACAGCUUAUGGGAUCUACAUAGUGGAUCGGCGGUUCCGUUCGGCGGAGGAGUCGUGUAACCAGUUAACACAGUUCAUGUUUGGCUUCUGCCAGCAAUCCAGACGACAGCGUAUCAUUCAAAGGAACCGCACAGAGAGGCUGUCGGACCUACUGGACUGGAGGUACCUGGGACGGUUUUACAUGCACGCCCGAAGCCUGGCUCUCAGCAGAGCAUUCCCUGAAAAGUUCUGGAUGGAGCCGCUAGCCCCACCACAGACUGAGGGGUUCCGCUAUCCCCGACCUGGCUCUGUGCCCCCCUCCCCCUCUGCCUCAGUGCAUUCCACCCCCCAUCACAGUGAUGAAGAGGAUGGUGAUGAGGAGGAGCUGUAUGAUGAAGACGAGGAGGCGAAGAGAGACAGGCAGAACAUCAAAGCUCCUUUCAGUUUGGGUCCCACUCCUGAGUGAAAAAAGACUCCUGGGGCAGUCUGGCAACUGAGAGGAAUGUCAUUAAUAUGCUGGAAUAGAUUACAGAUAUCGUAAAAAGAUGCAGUAUGGGGAGGUUUUUGUUUUAGCCCAGCACAAAAAAUAUCAUCCUUACUGUUGUAAAGACACUGAGCCUCACGUAUAAUUUAGACCUACUACCUAUAUAUUUUCCAAGACAAAAUGCCUCCUUCCUUUGACAAUAAUUGUACCUUCAUGCGUUAAUAAAUUAGACAUGACUAGUUGAAUCAGCAGCUAUUAGGGAUUGUGUUGAGACAUCUGAGAUGCCAACCCUAAUCUUAAAUCAUAUAUGACUUACAUUACCACUAUAAUCAGAUAUAUCUUUAGACUAGUGUUGC